AUGCUGUUCCCGCCCUUCGACGUGGUGUCUGCGCUGGCCACCGUGGUCGCCUGCCUGGUGUCGGUGACGCUGCUGCUGGCCGUCUCGCAGCAGCUGUGGCAGCUGCGCUGGGCCGCCACCCGCGACAAGGCCUGCAAGCUGCCCAUCCCCAAGGGCUCCAUGGGCUUCCCGCUCGUCGGAGAGACCUGCCACUGGCUCCUGCAGGGCUCCUACUUCCAGUCGUCGCGGCGGGAGAAGUACGGGCCGGUCUUCAAGACGCACCUGCUGGGCCGGCCGCUGGUGCGCGUGACCGGCGCCGAGAACGUGCGCAAGAUCCUGAUGGGCGAGCACAGCCUGGUCAGCACCGAGUGGCCGCGCAGCACCCGCAUGCUCCUCGGACCCAACACCGUCGCCAACUCCAUCGGGGACAUCCACCGCCACAAGAGGAAGGUGCUCUCCAAAAUAUUCAGCCACGAAGCCCUGCAGAGCUACCUCCCGAAGAUCCAGCUGGUGAUCCAAGACACAUUGCGGGCCUGGAGCAGCAACCCGGAGCCCAUCAACGUCUACUACGAGGCGCAGAAGCUCACCUUCCGCAUGGCCAUCCGAGUCCUGCUGGGCUUCCGCAUCCCGGACGAAGAGCUCAGCCACCUCUUUGAGGUCUUCCAGCAGUUUGUGGAGAACGUCUUCUCCUUGCCUUUGGACCUGCCUUUCAGUGGCUACCGGAAGGGGAUUCGUGCCCGGGAAGCGUUGCAGAAGGGUCUGGAGAGAGCCAUCCGGGAAAAGCUGCAGAACACACAGGGCAAGGACUACUCGGAUGCCCUGGACCUGCUGAUUGAAAGCGGCAAGGAGCACGGGAAGGAGCUGACCAUGCAAGAGCUGAAGGACGGCACCCUGGAGCUGAUCUUUGCUGCCUAUGCGACCACCGCCAGCGCCAGCACCUCCCUGAUCAUGCAGUUGCUGAAGCACCCCCAAGUCCUUGAGAAGCUCCGUGAGGAACUGAGGAGUCAAGGGAUGCUCCACAACGGCUGCCUGUGCGAAGGCUCCCUCCAGCUGGACACUCUCAACGGCCUCCACUACCUGGACUGCGUCAUCAAGGAGGUCCUGCGGCUCUUCACCCCCAUCUCGGGGGGCUACAGGACCGUGCUGCAGACCUUUGAGCUGGAUGGCUUCCAAAUCCCCAAAGGCUGGAGCGUCAUGUACAGCAUCCGGGACACCCACGACACGGCUCCCGUGUUCAAGGAUGUGGACGUCUUUGACCCCGACCGCUUUGGACAGGGCCGCACCGAAGACAAGGACGGCAGGUUCCACUACCUCCCUUUUGGCGGAGGCGUACGGACCUGUCUGGGCAAACACCUCGCCAAACUCUUCCUCAAAGCACUAGCCAUCGAGCUGGCCAGCACGAGCCGGUUUGAGCUGGCCACAAGGACUUUCUCUCGGGUCACGCUGGUGCCCGUGGUCCAUCCGGUCGACGGGCUGAAGGUGAAGUUCUUUGGACUCGACUCAAACCAGAACGAGAUCUUGACAGAGACAGAAGCCCUGCUGGAUGCCACUGUCUAAGGCAGAGCCCCGGCCUGCUUCUCUGGGC